GUGAUAAAAGCAAACAAAUAUUAUAGGCUAGGCAUUAUUUAAAAACAUUAGUUUCUUAUUUCUCAUAUUUUAAGACAUACAUUAUCUUCAUAGUAGGAGCACAUAACAUAAUUUAGUAAAUGUUAUUGUGUUCAAAGGAUCUACUGUGGCUGUUGUGGUGAUGAAGGAGUUAACUGUGACUGAUAUGGUGAUGAAGGGGUUAACUGGGAUUCCUGCGAGGAAAACGCGGCCUGUGUCUUUAAAGUUUCUGUAGAAACAGCAGGAUCGCGGCGCGGCAGAUCACUACUCCUGACGCUCAACAGCUCGAGGGGAGGCGGCUCAAGAUCUCUCCGCUUUGAUAAGGUCCUUGCGCCUCGGUUAAAACUGUUUACCAACGGAUUUAGACGAACAGGCGGAUCGCAAUCACUCUGCGCGAGUUUUUCCCUACGAGUUGAUCAAACCCGAAACGGAUCGGUUAAAAACAGUUUUCGUUCAAUCCUGAUGCUUUCAAAGCACGAGAAAAGGAAAUUGUGUCAUAUGUAUCUGCCGGGACCGUGCGGUCUGCUGCGCUCUUUGAUGUCCGCUCUUAAACACUGAGCUCAGUGCAGACUGGAAUAAGAGACAAGAGCACAGCCACAUUUACUACAAAGACAUCUAGUGUGUUGUUUUACUUGAUGAAGCGCGCUUUUAAAACCCUGCAUCUGCCUUGACAUUACACAACUUCAGAGGACUGCGCUCAAUCGGACAUAUUGUGGAUUAUAUUCGUUACGUUGUUGAAAAUACUGUGGGUUCUUGUGGGACUGAACUCAUGGAUGGAUGAGAGAAGCUCCUCUGCUGAUUUAAGAGAGAGAGCAGAUUACAGCCGCGAUUCACACUGAAAGGUUUGCUGCCGGAGCCAUGAAUAGGACACUAGCAGAUCCUAUGGUCAGCAGCUUCAGAGAAGAUGCCCCUCGUCCUCCGGUCCCUGGGGAAGAGGGUGAGACGACAUGUCACCAUCCCAGCAAACUGGCCACGAUGAGACCUAAGGAUCCUUUUAAGUCGACUGCGUCAGAUCCUCACUGUUCAAUGGCGAGGAGAGAUGAUGGUGGACUUGGGGAACCCGAGGGAAGCGCGUCGCCGGAUUCGCCUAUCGCCCGGUGGACCAAAUCUUUGCAUUUUCUUCUCGGUGACCAGGAUGGUGCUCAGCUUUUCCGGGCAUAUUUGGAACGCGAGAAAUGCGUAGACACUUUAGAUUUCUGGUUUGCCUGUAAUGGUUUCAGGCAAAUGGACCUUAAGGAUACCAAAACUCACAGAGUUGCCAAAGCCAUUUAUAAACGGUAUAUUGAGAAUAACAGCGUGGUGUCCAAGCAGCUUAAACCAGCCACUAAGACUUUUAUUAGGGAUAAUAUUAAGCGUCAACAGAUUGACUCUGCAAUGUUCGAUCAGGCUCAAAUGGAGAUCCAGACGGCAAUGGAGGAGAAUGCUUAUCAGAUGUUCCUGACUUCAGACAUUUACCUUGAGUAUGUUCGAACAGGUUGUGAAAACCCUAACCAUGUGAAUCCUAAUGGAUUAGGAGGUCUAAAACUAGUCUGUGGAUACUUGCCAACUGUGAUUGAAGAGGAGGAAUGGAGUUGUAAUGAUUUUAAAUCCAAAGCUCUGGCCACCUUAGUGGGACUUUCUGCCAAAGCGUUACGGUCACCUCCUUCCCUUCGAGCGAUGGACGUUUUGGAGAAAGGCUACAGGGGCUACAGACGUGGUGACCCUGCAAACCCCUACCAUGUCAAGUCUGGUUAUGUUUUUGCCCCUGCCACCAGUGCCAAUGACAGCGAGGUCUCCAGUGAUGCCAUGACGGACGACUCUCUGUCUAUGACAGACAGCAGUGUAGAUGGCAUCCCUCCAUACAAGCUGGGAAGUAAGAAACAUCUACAAAGAGAGAUGCAACGUAACAUGAGGAUGAACGGCCAAGUGUGUCUGCCACCGUUUCUCAGAACACGGCAGCAACCUAAGGAGAUGACACCCGUGGAGCCAGCAGCGUUCGCCGCACAACUAAUAGCCAGAUUGGAACAUCUGAAACGGGAACAGGAGACCAUGAGCUCUCUGGAGGAAAGACUACAACAGAUUCAGGAGGAUGAGGAAAGGGACGAGUCUGAGGUGUCUGGCAGCAGCGUGUCCCACUCUCUGCCUCUACUGCCUCCUGGCUCCUGGGAGGAAGACCCUCAGGCCAUCCUGGAUGAACACCUCUCCCGUGUCCUUAAGACCCCUGGUUGUCAGUCUCCGGGCAUGGUUCGCCAUUCCCCACGCUCUCGUUCCCCUGAACAGCGCCCCCUUCCACGGGGAGCUCCUGGCAUCAGGUCCCAGUCUGCAUCCAUGAGUGGAUACACAGCCGCCAAGACCAUUCUAUCCAGACAGUCCACAAAGCACAUCCAUCACCACUACAUCCAUCACCACGCCGGGCCCAAAAGCAAGGAGCAGAUUGAGGCAGAGGCUGCCCAACGGGUACAUUGUUUGUGUCACGGAGCAUCUGAAUGUGGCGCCGCCCACUAUAUCCGUAGCCGAAGUCUGGGCAGGGACCAGUGCGGCAGCCCUUCAGAAAUUUUGGGGCAUUCCAGCUCUUUAUCCAAGCGUCUAUGUAAGUCUGGAGAGGAGGUUAACACUGAGGGGAUGGAGAGCACUCUUCUGCAGCUGCCUACUGACAGUACGGACCGAUCUCAUAAUGUGUGGCAGUGGAUCCUGGAGAGUGAUCGACAAACAAAGCAUAAGCCCCACAGCACUCAAAACACUAAGAAGUCGCACUGUUUAGAUUCCACGCGUGUACACACAUGGGGAGGAGGCGGAAGCAGCGGCCAUCUCCGUACCCACCAGCCUGCACACCCCUUUGUCCAGGACCCUGCCAUGCCACCCCUACCCCCUCCAAACACCCUUGCACAGCUUGAAGAGGCCCGUAGACGCUUGGAGGAAGUCUCCAAACCCCCAAAACAAAGGCAUUCCACAUCAAGCCUUCAAAGAGAAAAGAGUCACCCAGUAAAUGUGCAAAAUGUCAGUCCAGCGCUUCAAACUGACGAAUCAAAGAACUUGAAUAAGGUGUCAGCUGUCCACGGCGGUUUGGGCUCAGAGACUGUGGUUACGUACUUCUUCUGUGGUGAGGAGAUCCCAUACCGCAGGAUGAUGAAAUCUCACAGCCUCACACUUGGACACUUUAAGGAACAGCUAAGAAAGAAAGGCAUCUACAGGUACUACUUCAAGAAGGCCAGUAGUGAGUUUGAGUGUGGCGCUGUGUUUGAGGAGGUCUGGGAUGACUGCGCCGUUCUGCCAAUGUAUGAGGGCAAAAUCCUUGGCAAAGUGGAAUGAAUGGACUAAAGCUGACUAAAACGAACCUGACAGACAACUUCUGGGCAUACCUAGCACUCAAGACUCUUAAAAAGAUGUAUUUUUUUAAUAAAGAUAAAGUUAAAUCAUCCUUUAAGACAUUUGGCCUGCCAAGCUGUUGAAGGAAUACUAGCCAAUGAAGUACAGAGGAAUCAGAACCAGCUAAGAAUUGUGGGAAACUGAUGAGAAAUCCAAGGACACACUAUGACCACUGACAAUGCAAACAUUCGUUUGGACUACAACCUGCCCGUGUGUCCCCAUACCAUGGACUGCUGACCAACGUUUUGUGAUAAUUCUAGAUGUUUGUAUUUGUGUGGGGUUUGAGAGCGUGUACACAAGUUAUAAUAUGCUCCUGUCGAGUAAAAAAAACUUUAUUGCUAUUUAUUAAACUGUCAUUCCCCUUGUACCCGUGUUCAGAUGAUGGACAAGCUGCUUAUAUGAUUGGGAGAUAUUUUUUCCAAUGUUGAACACGCAUGUCCAGAGACAUGCUCCUUACCAUGAUGGACAUUGCCAGGAAUCUCUCCACUGGCCAACAAACAGAACCGUGUGGCGGAUCAGCACACUUCUCAGUGGAGUGUCUCCACUGAGUGGCCCGAUUAUGUGUUGCAUCUUCAGUGCCUUUGGUGUAAGGUCCAGACAUUGCACAGGAACCAAUAUCCUUUCUGCUGGAACCAGUUCCAAACCCUUGAUAUAUGAGGUUAUGCCAUUUCAAAAUACUUAAAAAUGUUCAGUUGAACACUAUUUUUGGAGAUCAGAGGGUGUGUGGAAAGUGUUAAUGUACUGUAUUAAAACGAGGCAGAGCUCCAGGGAAAAAUCUUGCGAUGCACUUGCAUAAAUGGACAAGAACGUGCCAUCUUUGGUAUAUUAUAUAGUACUUGUGCCUCCAUGGAUACCAUGCUGUGUGCUGCCCUGUUUCAGGGUGUGAAUAUUCCCUUACUUUUCUGAGGGGUUUAUGUUUUAGAAUUUUAAAAGCUUAAAUAUCUUCAAUCAUGACAUUGUUUCAAUGUUUUCUUCCCCCAAGGAAAUUGUUUGGGUUUCACUUAAAUGUAAAUUAUGCAUUAUAUAGAGCUUUGUUUUAAAGAUGACUUGGUACUUUAAUUAUUGUAAUUAUGAAGAGAUGUAGCCUUUAUUAAAAGUUAUAUUUUUAAAUGAA